CCUUUAAUAAACAGAGGCUCAGUCGAAAGUUGAAAGAGUACGAAAACAUACACGUUUCUUAACGUCUGGUAAAUUGUUUAAAAUGCAGAAUGAAAAUAGUUCAGUACACAAGAAGUCAGAGAUAAGACAUUGCUGCUGUUGUUUAAGUCCCAGGAUUGAGGUUAUAAUUUGGGCUUGUAUCAGUUUGAGUUCCACCGCCUGUAUGGUAAUAAUCAUGUUUUUGGGAAUAAUAUUUGUUGACAGUGCGUCUGGAUAUCACUUCUCUGCGUUUGAUGAAAUUAAACUGUUGAUAUUAUUCUCUUCGGCGUUACUAACUGACAUAGUGUACAACAUGUUUGUUGUUGUAGCUUCUCUUGGGAAAAAAGUGAAGCUGCUCAAGAUUUCUCUAUACUUUGGCGCCAUAAUGUGUGUCAUAUUAUGUGCCGUCACGGCACUUUCAUAUGAACCAUCAGGUUUACUACACUUGUUUGAAGGGCUAAGAUACAUUUUGACAGUUUUUGUCGUAAUAAUUGUAGUUAUUCGAUGCUACAUGCUCCUAAUAAUACGCGGCGUGAUGAUGAAUCUUCGAGUACAAGACCGAAAACAAUUUGGAUACAUUGACUUGCAGGAGACAAUGGAGAAAAAAAACCAGCAAACUUCCAAUUUAAAACCCUGAAGAUAUACAGCGUGGGGCCUGUAACAAAGGCGAAGAAUUGAACUCUAGGCUAUUCUCCUUAUACUGAUCAACAUUUGGUCGGCGACUUU